CUUGCACAGUUCCUACUUAUUGUAAGUCAGAUAUCUUUCAGUUGUGUCUUCCCCAUAAUGCCCAGGUCACUAUCAUUUAGUGGCGAUUUUGUAUAGGACCUGUUAAGAGCAUGGCAGAGCAUAAUUGCCAAGCUUAAACAUCUCAGUGGGCAUGGGAGUGUGCCAGCUGGGUUGGGUUCAGAUGGUUUAAACCACGUGGAGAGUGUGUCUUGGGAGAGAGAGCGUGCACUUUGGGAUGUGUGAAGCAUGCCGUCUGCCCCGACCCCUCGCAGCCCACUCCCAUGCGUCUAACUCAGAAGGGCAUAUUAGGAUUUUUGCUGCACAUCUUAGGUCAAGAAGUACAGCUUUGGGGGAAAAACAACAACUUAAUGCCUUGGUGAUCAGCCAAGGAAAGACGCGUUGCAAACCUGUAAGGGAACUGGACCUCGGAGCGCACGAUUACUCUUCGCACCUCCGAGAGCCCCUUCAGAAGAACGAAGCGGGUGGGCUUGGCUCCUGGCAGACUCCGCCGCGGCCCCUCUUUGCUAAAGGGCGGGGCGCUCCUCUUUGGAGAUGAGGGGGCGCACCGGCGAUCGAGCCGGGAAACGAGGGCGCGCGCGCCUUUGCUGCGGCUACCCGGGCGCGGAAGGGAGGCUCUUGGCUGCGCCCCCACCCCUCCAGUCGCCGCCGCCGUCGCCUGGAUCGUCUUCCUUUGUCCGCCCCCUCCCUCACACCUGGGUUCCUCCCCCUGCGCCGCGCAGGCUCUUCUGCGGCGGGCAGCUGCUCUGCCUGGCUGGGCGCAUCAAAAGCAGCCGCUGCCGCGUCCCUCUGCGUCUGCUCCCGGCGCUCGCUUCGCCUUUGUCCUUCUCGGCUGCAGGUAGGCAGGAGGGCAGCUCAGCCUAGCCCAGCCGUGGGGGAGGGGGAGGGACCCGCAGGCCGGACCCUCUCUUCUUCCUCCUCUUUCAUCACUCCUGCAUCGACGGAGAGGUGCGGGAUCCGGCGCGGCGGCGGCGCCCAUUCUCCAGCCGGCUGCGGAGAGGCUAGCCGAAGUCCUGCGGCGUUGUGGGUGAGGAGGCCGGCUUGUUCGCGUCCUGAAGCUAUGGGAGGGGGGGAUGCUGUAAAGGCACCCCUCCCUCCUUUCCUUUUCAUCUAGCACCCGCCCUCGCGUGGCUAUUGCUGGAUCUCCUCCCCCCCCCCAUUGCACAAGCAAGCGAGCUUCCCUCCAUCCCUUUUCUCUAUCGCCCCCCCUUCCACGCAUCUGUGCGUGGUGUGUUGCUGAGCUGCCAGCAGAGAGAGAGAGAGAGGAGGAGGAGGAGGGGGCGGUGGCUGUGGAGGCUGCAGCCAAAAGAGCUGGUGUUUCCUGGAGGGAGCCACUGCGGACAAUGCCCAGCAGCUCCAGGGAGCCUCUGCAUCCCUCUCCAUCUCCUGUUUGGGCUUUGACAAGGUGGCACGUGUGGCAGCCGCAAUGACAGCAGAAGCAGCCAGGCAGCAUCCACCAUCAGUGGCGGCAGAGUGAGGGGGUUUCUGCCACCGACGCAAGAUGAAUGCCUCCCUCGAUGGUAGCAACCACAGCAGCAGCAGGCCCUUCUGCCUCCUGGCUGCCGGCUAUCCCGAGGCCUUGGACAUCUGCCUGCUGGAGCUGAUCGUCAUUGUCUUCCUCACCGUCCUCAUAAUCUCGGGCAACAUUGUGGUCAUCUUCGUCUUCCACUGUGCGCCACUGCUGAACCACCACACGACAAGCUACUUCAUCCAGACCAUGGCCUACGCUGACCUCCUGGUGGGUGUGAGCUGCCUGGUGCCUUCACUCUCUCUGCUGCACUACCGGGUCACCUUCUUGCCGGAGUCUGUGAUCUGCAGAGCCUUUGGCUACGUGGUCUCCGUGCUCAAGAGCGUCUCCAUGACCUCCCUGGCCUGCAUCAGCGUGGACAGGUACAUCGCCAUCACCAAGCCUCUGUCCUACAACACCCUGGUCACCCCCUGCCGCCUCCGGGUUUGCAUCCUGUUCAUCUGGCUGUACUCGGGAGCCGUGUUCCUCCCGGCUUUCUUUGACUGGGGAAAGCCCGGCUAUCACGGGGAUGUUUUUCAGUGGUGUGCUGACUCCUGGGACACCUGGGCCAUCUUCACCCUCUUCAUCAUCAUCAUGCUGUACGCACCGGCAGCCUUUGUGGUCUGCUUCACCUAUUUCAGCAUCUUCCGCAUUUGCCAGCAGCACACAAAAGAGAUCAAUGAGAGGCGCGUGCGGUUCAGCUCCCAAGAAGGGGAAGCGGCUGAUGCCCAGCCAUGCCCAGACAAGCGCUAUGCCAUGGUUCUCCUGCGCAUCACCAGUGUCUUCUACAUCCUCUGGCUCCCCUACAUAAUCUACUUCCUCUUGGAGAGCUCUUCUGUCUACCACAGCCGAGCAGCCUCCUUCCUGACCACCUGGCUUGCCAUCAGCAACAGCUUCUGCAACUGUGUCAUCUACAGCCUGUCCAACAGCGUCUUUCAGAAAGGCUUGAAGCGCCUCUCUGGUGCUGUUUGUGUCUCUUGCGCCAGGCACCGGGCGCCAAAGGAGUCCUCCGCCUCGAGGAGCAAAAGACCUUCAAAUGGGUGUCCUGCGUAAGAUACAGAUUGCUCCGACAAAAAAACAACAACAACAGAAAAAAGAUUAAAGAUAUUGCCAGGUUUGCAAAAAUAACUAAAAAAGUGACAAGAACACACAAAUUUUCUCUGAGAAAUGCUGCUGAAGAACUGGAGAUUUCCACAAGCAUGUCUGUUUUAGUGUUUCACUUUACAAACGUCCUUGUGUGAGGCGGGUUUGGUGACCUGGCACCUGUGUUUCCAAAACUGAGCGCUCCUCCUCCUCCUCCCCUUUCUCUCUUGUUUGGAGUGCCUGCCAGUGCUGGGCUUGCAAGACCUCUGGCAAAAGAGACAUUUGUGUUCUUCCUUUAAAGCUUGGGCAUUUUCGGAGAGCUUUGAUCUUGCGUGUCAAUGUGGGAAUGUGUAAAUGGUCUGAUGGUAUACUCCCUGAUUAGUUGCUUUUGUUUUUCUGUGCAAAUGCCAAAGUAUAUUUCAGAAUUCUUAACAUAAGGGGCCAAAGUAUAGUCUCCCUGACUUCCCCCCAACCCCAUUUCCCCCAUAGUCCUAUAAACAAAUAAUGUAAACACUUGAACAUUUGAUUUUGUCGCGUGAUACAGCCACACCACAUGUGAUUAAUCAGUAUUCUGACCUCCCCACCUCCCCCGAUGCUUUUUCCAAAAACUUCUCAUCCUGAGUGCCCUGUUAGAAUGCUCAUAUGUGAUUUACAGUACAGUGUUUGCUUUUUUAUUUUUUAAAAAAAUGUUUGUGUAGUAGUUGGGAUGACUUUGAAGCAGACAAAAUUUAGCAGUUGAAUAAAGUAUUUUCUUUUUCUAAGUAA